ACAGAGACAGGGCUUGGGACGUGCCCCAGGCGGCGGGGGAAUCAGCCUGUUCGGUAAGGGUCUCUGGAGACCCGGCGUUCCGUUCCUGGAGGCAAAGCGCUGAAAAAGAUCGCAGGUCCCGUUUCGUGCUCUGUCACGUGGGUCUCUUUCUGGCCGCGACGGAUUACUCCCUCCGACCCUGGGCCAGGAAGGACCCGAGUAGGAGCGCAAAGGCGGGCGGUGCUGUUCGGCGCACGUGCGGUCGGCGGCUGUUGUACCACCGUCUCGUGAAGAAAAGCAGCUGCAGCUCUGUUUAAAGGAGAGCUGAACCUUGAAAAAUGUGUUGCGAAAAAAAUAGAAGAUUUCUGCUGCUUUAUGCAAGUCAGAAAGGCCAGGCAAAAGCCAUAGCUGAAGAAAUAUGCCAGCAGGCAAAGGAACAUGGGUUUGAGGCUGAUAUUCACUGCAUCAGUGAGUCAGAACAGUAUAACUUGGAUAAGGAAAAGGAUCCUGUGGUUAUUGUUACCUCUACUACUGGUACAGGAGAGCCUCCAGACACUGCAGUCAAAUUUCUAAAGGAAAUUAACAACAAAAGCUUGCCAUCUGAUCAUUUUUCUCAUAUACGAUACGGACUGUUAGGUCUAGGAGACUCUGAAUACACAUUCUUCUGCAAUGGUGGGAAAAUAAUAGACAAACGGUUUCUAGAACUUGGGGCUCAACGGUUUUGUGAAGUGGGAUUGGCUGAUGAUGCUGUAGGGUUGGAGCUGGUGGUUGAACCAUGGAUUGCCGGACUUUGGGUUGCACUUAAUCAAGAGUUUGCAUCUAGAAAAGAAGACAAAAAUAUAUCUUUUUGUGCCAGCAAGUUUUCUAAUCUAUGUAUAGGCCUCCAAGCAGAACACUUGAAGAUUGAAGAUUCUGGUGUGGAAAAUAAUCUUUCAACAAAAGCAGAUAUUAACUCAGAACUUCCUACUGAAAGCUCUCAACCUUCACUUUCUUGCUCAGUGCCUCCACUCUCAAAGGCUACUCUUAAUAUUCCUGCUUUGCCACCAGAAUACCUAGAAGUGCAGUUUGAAGAAAGCUGUGGCCAGGAUGCCAGCCUGCCUUAUGUUUCAGAGAGCUCCAUUUUUCACGUUCCUAUUACCAAGGCCAUUCAACUUACUAGGGAUGAUGCAAUAAAAAAAACUUUGCUGAUUGAACUGGAUAUUUCUGAAACAACAUUUAACUACCAACCUGGAGAUGCCUUUAAUAUAAUUUGUCCCAAUAAUGCCAUGGAGGUGGAGGAACUUCUUGAUACUUUGGGACUCCUAGGAAACAAAGAUCACUUGGUUUGCUUAAGAGUUAAGGAAGGCACUAAAAGGAGAGGAGCAGCUUUGCCACAGUAUAUACCGGAAAAGAAUACCGUUAAAUUCAUUUUUACAUGGUGUCUGGAAAUCAGAGCAGUUCCCAAAAAGGCAUUUCUGCGUGCUUUGGUAGAAUACACCACUGCCAUUAGUGAAAAAAGAAGACUUCAAGAAUUGUGUAGCAAGCAAGGAUCCUUGGAUUAUAACUCUUUCAUAAGGGAUCCUAGGGUUAGUUUAUUAGAUUUGCUCUGUGUUUUCCCAACUUGCAAGCCUCCACUUAGUCUUUUGAUUGAACAUCUUCCAAAAUUGCAAGCCAGACCUUAUUCAGUUGCAAGUUCCACUUUGUUUCAUCCUGGAAAGAUGAAUUUCAUCUUUAAUAUUCUGGAGUUUCCAUCCCACCUAGGUGAGCUGCGAAGAGGGGUCUGUACUGGUUGGCUAGCUGAUAUGGUUGCCCCAAUCCUUCAGUUGAAUCUGAAGAGCAAGGAACUCUUCUUUCCACAGAUCACCAUAACGUCUCGCCCAUCCAAUGUUUUUCACCUACCAGACAACCCAUUGGUUCCUUUUAUUAUGGUUGGUCCAGGAACUGGAAUUGCACCAUUUAUUGGCUUUCUUCAGCAUAGGCAAAAGCUCACAGAAAAGCACACAGAUUAUAUGUUUGGAGAGACGUGGUUGUUUUUUGGCUGCCGCCAUAAGGCCAGAGAUUACUUGUUCCAAGAUGAGCUCAGGCACUUCCUUGAAAAUGGCACGUUAAGUCAUCUGAUUGUUUGCUUCUCAAGAGAUGCUGUGGCAGAAACGGCCCCUCCCAAGUAUGUUCAAGAUAACCUCCGGCUUUAUUGUAAAGAGAUUAGCAGGAUUUUGCUGCAGGAGAAAGGAUACUUUUAUUUGUGUGGAGAUGCAAAAAAUAUGGCUAAAGAUGUGAAUGAUACUCUAGUGGAAAUCUUCAUUGCUGAGAAAGGAGUUGAUAAACUGGAUGCACUGAAAAUACUGGCUAUGUUAAGAGAUGAAAAAAGAUACCUGCAGGACAUCUGGGCCUGAAAACUGGCUUUUUGAAUUCACCUGACCAAUGUAAAUAACAACCUUUUAAAUGCCUAUUUCUGUUAGUAAUUUUCUCUCAGUUAAAUUUAAAGUGUUUUCUAGGUAAAUAACAAAGAGAAAUACAUCAUUUCCAAGAGAUUUUUCACAGUACAAGUGACUUUAAAUAAAUGCCACUUAUUCCCAUCAAGAAGA